AUGGACAGCCAGAGCACCUCCGCAAGCCCAGAUCGCGACUGGGUCCCCAGGCAGCGCCCGCAGUCUCAGAUUGCCAAAAACUUCUCGGCCGCGCUCGACGACAUCUUCAACCUGAGCGGCAAGUUCGACGACGUGGAGAAGGAGGUCGACCAGAAGCAGCAGGAACUCACGUCGCAGAAUGCCGAGCUCGAGGCCCUGGAGGCCCGGCUGCGGGCGGCUGAGGAGCGCCUAAGGGCGGCCAAGGGCGACCCGCCGUCGUCGGACGACGGCAAGAGCCCUGUGGACGAGCAGAAGAGCCCGACUGGCUUGACGCCGGCUGUGCAGGGCAGCCGCCCGACCAGCAAGGGCAUCUCGGCGUGA